AUGUCAGAAAGUGAAGAGGAUAUUUGGAGAUACAAAUCCAUCAGGAAAAAAAGAACAGCAGACAGGCAUGUCCAGAAAACAAGUUCCCAUGAAAAAACACAAAAAGUGAAGAGAAGCACUGCUAAGAAAACCGGGGUGACAAGGAACACUACAGGUGCCGAGAACAAUAAAUCACCCAGCAAGAAUGGCAUCAUUAUCAGCCCAGUGAAGGAACGGAGUAGUUCAGCAUCCGGUACCGGCGGGGAGGACUUGUCUUCGCCAAAAAGGACUUUAAAGAAAGAAAGUAAGAAAGCGAGUCCUUCAACGCCGAAAGAAAAGCACAGCGGGUAUUGUCCCAGCUGUCAGAUGCCAUUCUCUGUUUUGCUGGUGCAGACACCUCGGUGGCAUGUAAUGGAAUGUUUGGACACCCCAUCGUGCGCACAGACAGAAUGCCCCGACGGCCUUACCUGCUCAUCCACCAUUGCCUAUCACUACAAACGAUACUCUCAUUUCCUGCUGGCCCAGAGCAGAGCUGCUGAGCUCUCCCCGUUUCCUCCAGUCUGCACCCCUGAUCUGCCUUCUCCUGACGCUGCCAAAUCAUGUAUCCCUAAUGGAAGGAAUGACACAAAAUUCUCACACUCCCAAGGUGCAUUCACUAAGAAGACAACGCAGGUGAAAUCAUCCCGGUCGCAGUCUCCGGCCAGCUCUCAGGGGUCAGUAAAGCAGACUUCGCUCGAUGCCUGGCUUUCCUCACCAACCAAAUUGUCUCAGAACUCUCUAGACUUAUCCCAGGAAGACCCCAGCCAGAAGUGCGCAAGUUUUGUCAAUGCUGCUACUUCUCUGGGCUUGUCGCAGAAAGACGAGGCUAUGAACGACUGUGCCAUCUCCUACUCCCCGCUGGUCAGCGAUCAGGAGCUGUUCAGUGAUGAUGAAGACCUUCCGGCUGGCCCAGUAAAGAGACUCUUUUCUAGCAAAUUACCGGCAGACCCUGUAGAGAAUAUAGAAGAGAUCUCUGCUGCGGAGAUCUUUAUAACUAAAAGCGGAAUAAAAUCUCCCACUAAGUGCAAUGGAAUCCACAGUGAUACAAGUGCAAUAAACAGCCAAUGUGCUCAGAGGAAUGGAGUCACAUGUGUCGCUGAUUGCAGCAUUGACGGGGAUAAAUGGUCUGAAUGCAGCACACCUGGCUCUGAGGUUAGUGAAUGGGCCACAACCCAGCAAGAAGCGGAAUGUUGGAGUCGGGAUGAGGCUGGUGAGUUACUUGUGUGUUCUGCUGAUGGUGAUAGAGAAGCGGCUCCACUGAGAGACUCUGGAGAGGCAGUGAUAGUACAGAAGGCGUUUUAUACGAGUUCUCAGAGGUCCACACAACCGUUUACCACCAACAGGACACACACAAGGGAAAGCCUAACACAACCUGCUUCAACUAUGCCUCUGAGCAGGGCUGUGCCAUCCAAGGGGAUGAAACAAAUGGAUAUUGGAGUCUUCUUUGGCCUGAAACCAAAAGCGAAGUGAAAGUUCCUUUAAAAACCCAGAGCUUAAAUGCCGGCGCUUCCCAGAUUGAGGAGAAAUGGCCGAGGAGGAGAAAUUCUGUAGGAUUGCUGGGGGAUGCCCAUUCUCUCACUGAUUGCAAUGGAGGGAUUCCAGCAACCGCACCAUCCGGGACCCAGAGAAGAGAGAGGAAGAGGAAGGCUGUCGGCUCGCUCAGUGAUGCAGAUUCUCUGACUAAUAAUACUAAUGGGGUUACAGCAACCGCACCAUCCGGCACCCAGAGGAGGGAAAGGAAGAGAUUCAGACAGAACACAGAGGAGAACAAAGGGAGGAAACAAUGUCCUUUCUACAAGAAAAUUCCAGGCACAGGUUUUGCGGUUGAUGCGUUCCAGUAUGGAGCAAUAGAAGGAUGCUCUGCUUACUUCCUCACCCAUUUUCACUCUGAUCACUAUGGGGGUCUCACUAAGAAAUUCCGUUAUCCAAUCUAUUGCAGCAAGAUCACAGGGAAUCUUGUGGCAAGUAAGUUGCGGGUGGAGAAGGAGUUUAUAAACACUUUACCCAUGGACACCGAGUGCAUUGUGGACAAUGUCCAAGUCAUCCUGCUAGAUGCCAACCAUUGCCCAGGGGCUGUGCUGCUGCUCUUCAUUCUCCCGAAUGGGACCACAAUAUUGCACACCGGGGACUUCCGUGCGGACACUUCCAUGGAACGCUAUCCGGCUCUAAUUGGACGGAAGAUCCACACCCUUUAUCUGGAUACCACAUACUGCAGUCCUGAGUACACCUUUCCCCCGCAGCAGGAGGCAAUACAGUUUGCUGUAAAUACUGCUUUUGAGAUGGUGACACUGUAUCCACGAACGUUGGUGGUUUGUGGGACCUAUUCUGUUGGGAAGGAGAAAGUCUUUCUGGCUAUUGCUGAUGUUCUGGGCUGUAAGGUGUGCAUGUCUCCGGACAAAUACAAGACCAUGCAAUGUCUGGAGUCUGAUGAGAUCCGUUCCCUUAUCACCACAGACUGGCACAGCACUACACUACAUGUCCUUCCCAUGAUGCAGGUUAGCUUUAAGGGUCUUGGUGCCCAUCUCAAUAAAUUUUCAGGAAAGUACGAUCGUGUCCUGGCCUUCAAACCUACAGGGUGGACGUAUUCUGAGGGCUGUAGCUCAGUAGCCGAUAUCAGGCCUGACAUCCGAGGCAAAAUCACAAUUUAUGGGAUCCCAUACAGUGAGCACAGCAGUUAUCUGGAGAUGAAGCGAUUUGUACAGUUCACCAGACCUCAGAAAAUUAUCCCAACGGUUAACGUCGGCAACUGGAAAGCUCGCUCCACCAUGGAGAAGUAUUUUGCCGAAUGGCAGUCUGAAAUCAGGCGCAAAUGA